UGGAUACUAGCCAUAUUUCGAUACCCUACCUCUCUCACAUACGACUAAAAUACGACUAAAACAAUUCAUCAGAUCAUCAGGUCUAGCAGUCAUUCUUGUGUCGCUGUCUAUCAAUAUCAGUAUCAGUUUCUCAACCGAGUUACGAAUAAUAUUAUUUGAUCGAUCAUCGUUAGAUUGAUAGCGCCUCGGACAAUAUAUCAUCAUCAUUAGUAUCUGGUAUUUAGUGUCGGGACUGUCGGGGCAGACAGUAGUCAGUCAGAAUGGAUGAAUGAGAAUUGAUGAAUGACUGAAUUUAAUGACAGUAAACAAAUGAGCGGAUCUGCGUUCCCACUAUGAAACAGUCAAAAUACUGUGCCUUUCCACUUAUUCCAACAAGAUCUUCUACAGUUGUAGUUGUAGAUCAUGAUUGGGUCAGACCCACUCUGGACAUUCAUCAGCCUCCGGGCUACAGAGCCAACCACCUCCCAAGACCAUUGAAUAAAUACCAAGAUGGCCACCACACUAGCACUGGGCCAUCAGCUCAAGGGCACAGCUGGAUUCUACACUGUCAAGAAGCAACUCCAGGAAAACGUCUGGUCCGCAAUAACUCCUCACAACGAGACCGUCAUCGUCAAGAGCGUGAGACACUUCCGUCUCCAGAAUGAAUGCGACGUCCUUCGUCAGUUCCAACACCGCUCGCCAUACCUCCGUCCGCUUCUUGAUGACAUCGAGGAUCCCCCGGCUCUUAUCCUCAAACAUCUGGACGAUGAUCUCCUGCACGCAUCCAACUGCACUCGACUCUCUCGACUAGAAGUGAAACAUGUCGCACGGAGAGUCCUCAAGGCAUUGACUGUCCUACACGCAGACGGCUACGUUCACACCGACAUCAAACCAAGCAACGUGCUCGUGAACUACCAACAGGGUGAAUCCCAACUCCGCUUCAGCACCAUCCAACUCUCCGACUUCGGCACUACCGUCCACAAGAACUCCCCCUACGCAGAAAACGGCGACCCCAUCGGGACACCGAUCUUCAGGAGCCCCGAAGCGCAAUUACAACUGCGCUGGGGCACCGAAACUGAUAUCUGGUCGUUUGGCGCCAUGGUCAGCUUCCACAUCUUCAAACCCGACGUGCCUGCCUCCGACGACUCCUACGACUUGGAAAUCCUCAUGAAGCAGCACCGUUGCUUCGGGCCGUUUCCGGCGUCGUAUGCGGACAUCGCGUCGCGGGAUCGACUCGCCGUGUUGACGUGGGUUAUGCAGAAUAGUCCGGCCGAGACGCUGAAGCCGUUUCAUCUCACGACGGAGAAUGAGAUUGCGGCUGAGGAUAGGGAGUUUAUAUGUAAGAUUAUGAAGCUUGAUCCGAGGGAGAGGAUGACUGCGGAGGGGCUUUUGGGGGAUGCGUGGUUGGGUUGA